GCAGUCAACUGUUCCGCGCGAAGCUUACCGGUCGAAAGUGAGCAGAGUUUAUGGUGUUAUUGUUCGGCAAGAAAACUAAUGAGACUCUCGCUGGAGUUUUUAAGGACAUUUCCGCGCCGAGAAAUUAUCGCUUUUGGAAAUUUCGCAACGUCGAAAACCACAAUUUAGCAAUUUACUCUGUGUUCAAUAAAUCGAUCAUAAUGAUAAUAUAUGUGCACGUCACUAGAACCUUGUGGAUAUAUUUCUGCUAAUUGCAAGAGUAAAUAGAAAAAAGUGGACGGUAUAGUGUUUCAAUUUGACUCUGUCAUAACGUUUAAUUGAGUGAUCUGGACCUUGUGACUGUGACCAUUAUGGAUUAUGUCAUUUGGAGAGUAUUGAUGAAAAAAUACUCGAAAGUUAGACUUGGGUUGUACAAGUCUUUGGUAACUCCAGUCGGUCGUCCAGCUAUAACAUACGAUAACCAGUCUUGGAAAGAGAAGCCCGAAAAAGACACCGAAGAAUCAGAAGAUUCAUCCAGCAAAUCAUCGGACUCCAAAAAGAGUAAAGCUAAACGCGUUAAGAACUUUCUGAAGAGUAAAUACAAGACUGCCAUCGGAUCCAAAUCCAACGGCUCGGGCCAAAGCCAAUCCGGUGAUUCCGCGUCGUGGUAUUUGGAAAAGAUCACUGUUCAAAGUGAAGUGAGCGAACUUAACGAAGUGUUCGAAGAGGCUUGCGAAUCGUUGGAAGUAUUCGAUUCCUGCGAACAGUACCGGGUAGCUAAUGUUAUUUUGAUCAAAAACCCCGCAGAAAAUGCUGAAAAGAAAAGUGAAUCGCUUGGAGAUGAAGCUACUUCUGUUGGGGAUGAAGACCGUUGUGUUGUCGAUACUGAAUCUGGAGUUACCUCACCUUUCUUGACAGAGACGCAAGAAGAGAUAGAGGGUAACGCUGAUGAGGAAGGCAUUGAGGAUAUAGUCGAGGAUAUGAAGAGGGCAAAAAGAGACGUGGCCGGCCUGGUUGACAGAUAUUUUAGGGGCUUGUACAAGAAUUACGAGCGAUCGAAGAAAUCUCUGAUCAGACAGGCGAGGGAUCUUCUCGUGUGCGAAUACUACGGCAGCCUGGAAAGAUUCGAGAACGAGUUUUGUGUACAGGCAGCUAAGCUCCUUCAGUUUCUUAAGGAUAAAUCAACGGCCGGAAUUUCACCCAAAGGAUGGCCACUAUGUAUCGGCGCUUCCGGAAUUGUGAUCCAUCUGAGUCCUUUGGACCCCGCCGUUGUGAGAAAUAAGGACUGUUAUCUCAGUCUGAAAACCAGAAGCCUUCCAGGUCUGGAGGUUGCACUGGUGUGGCGCAAAAACCACGAGCUGCACUUCCACACCAUAGCCGAAUUCCGGAACCCUCUGGACAGCUUAGAUGACAUCAUGUGCUCAAAUAUCGAGUCGGUUGCCGACCUUGAGAUUUCUUCCUACGACGACUAUGAUGGCACUGAACUUCCUGAGCUUCUUCAGAAUCUCCUAGUCUCCGUGGAACAUGCGAUCAAGAGGAUACCUCUUGACGACCUCAGCUUUCCCUGUUCGCAUUGUCAUGAGUACAUUCCUCUAGACAAGAAUGAUGACCCCUCGCCUGAUUGUGCCUGUCAGUGUUCGUGUAAUAUUGCACCAACACCGACGCCGUUGGUUUCUAAAAAGGAAAUAUCCAUACAAACGAGUCCCAUGUUCGAAUUUGCAGGAUCGAUACCACACAUCGAUAGUGAUGCGGAGGACGAUAAGGAAUCGAUAAGAUCAGGAUGUCCCAGCAAACGACAUGAGGUAGCACGACCCAAACGUAUAGCAGAUCUUCCCGAGAAACUCCUGCUAUCAGGGAUCUACCUUCCUGGUACCACCGACGUCGAUGGCAGGCCGAUUGUCCUUUGCUAUGCUCAAAAUGUAUCUUCCGCUGGACUGAACAAAUAUGAAAUUGCCAAAUUGCUGCUGUAUUAUUCGUCAUUAUCUACAACCGACUUAUCCCUCAACAGUUUCACCGUACUUAUAAUUGUUGAAAAUGAAGAGGACUUCAAAAUCCUUCAACUUUUGGACAAAUCAGUGUGCCUCAUCGAAAAUCACAUCCACAUCUCCAGGUAUAUUGUUUGGAGUCCCAAGAACAACACUGCCGAAGAAAAGACUGUUACAAACAGAAUUCAGACUGUCACCGUCACCGAUGCUCCAACAUUAAAGAAAUAUAUCAAAAAUAUUCAUCUUCCGAGGAUAUGCGGAGGGGAAAGCCAACACGAUCAAGUCGCUUGGGUUGCUUACUUUCAAGAACUUGAACCAUUUUUGGGGAACUGUAAAUCUACAGGUCGAAGUCUACUAUCUACAUUAUCGAAAUUAAGGAGUGAAGAAGUGCCUAGCCAAAUAACAAGAAAGUUUCUCAACCACCAGUGCAGACAAAUUUCGAAGGCACUUCAAAUGGACUGCCUGAAGGAACUGCGGGCUAACGGGUCCAAAAUAUUGGCACACCUGGACGAGCAGGCUGAAAAACUACCAGAUAGCGCUGAUGUUCAAAGGAAGACGAAGUUCGCUCGUGUCUCUUUCGACGCUGUGAUUCAAGUGGCCGAAAGAUUGGAAAAGUUGGAAAGGGAGAGAAGUGAAAGGCUGAAGGAACUUGCUAAAUUCAGGACGUUCCAAAAAGAGGUUUCUGAGUUGAUAACAUGGACCAGACAAGUUGCAGAUGAAACAUUGAACAACUUAGUUUUGUUAUUACGCUCUUCUACAGACUCUGCUAGUGUUAAGGAAGUGACAUUGGAUUUCGAGAAAUUUUUCUUCGGUGCAUGGCACCAAGUGGAGAAGGCCCAGGACUUUGUAGAAGAGUGCAAAUCUCUCAGUGAAGUCAAGGGCGAGGACAUUCGAGAACUAGCCAACAGUCUCAACAUCCAGAUGAAGGUGUUCAGAGAACGUUUGGAAGAAACAAGGGUUCAAUUAGAAAACAGUUCUCGGUGUUUCCUUCUCCUAGAAUCUUGCCAUGAUAUCCUCGAGGAUGAUAACAAGGAACAAGAAGAGUUCAUCAAAUUGGCACUUCGUUCAGGCAACACCAAAUUACAGGAGUUGUGCAAGGACGCAGAGAAGAACAAGAACCUCACAUCGAUACCUCCCGAUAAAGGAAAGGAGGGCUGUAACCAAGAUGGAGGACUGUUCCGCAGGUCACCAAAUGCCACAAGCACCCCUACAAAAACACCAAAAUCGCAGAUACGAAGGAGAUCGAUAAGUUCCCACGCCUACAUCUACCACUGCAGUCACCACGCAGCAGGAGAAAUCUGCACCUGCGACGAAUCGGACACAGAAAGCUCCUCUUUAUCGUACAGAUUGAAAAAAAGGUAUCUCCUCACGUUGCAAGGUGGCUGCAGUUGCAAGGGCAAAGAUACCCUCGAAAGGAAGAACAGCGCCACCUUGGACGGUAUUAAAGAGGAGAGAGAAAGCGUGGAAAACCUCUUGGAGAAGAUAGACACUAGUCAUAAUGGCUGCAAAAGGUGCGAUAGUGGAGUCUCGACAGGUGAUAAUUCUAUAGGGGAAGAGAGUGUGGCCUACAAUAAGAAAAAACUGCAACGUACGUGCUCAUGUCAGUACUGCAGAGGGUCCUGCGUGAUGUGCAGUGGUAACAGCAACAGCUCCAGUGCUGAUUCGAACCAAGACAACACGGAGAGUCAGCAGGAUAGUAUGAUGGAGGACAGUGGUUUCGUCAAGAGUGAUGACAUUGAAGAUGACCCAUAUCUUGAGGAAAAACGAACAGUUUCCCCAAUAACAGCAAAUAAACAUCUGUAUUGCCAUGCUUCCAACCUCGAUUUACCUUCGGAUUCUACUUAUAGCAACAUGGACCCAAAAACGCAAAAAACUUUAAAAUAUAUAAUCAAGGAGAUGAUAGAGACUGAAAGGGAUUACGUCAAAUCGCUGGAUUAUGUUAUUGUAAAUUAUAUACCAGAAAUUUCGAGAGAAGACAUACCACAAGCACUCAGGGGCCAGAGAAAUAUCGUUUUUGGAAACAUAGAGAAGAUAUUCGAGUUUCAUAGUCAGCAUUUCCUGACCGAAUUGGAAGAAUGUGAGAACAACCCAUUGCAAGUUGGUCAGAUAUUUUUGAAACACGACAAAAAGUUCUACCUUUACGCCCUCUAUAAUAAGAACAAACCAAAGUCAGAUACGAUCAUGUCUGAAUAUGGCACAAUUUUUUUCAAGAGCAAACAAAUCGAACUUGAUGAUAAAAUGGACCUAGCAAGCUACUUGUUGAAACCGGUUCAAAGAAUGGGAAAAUAUGCGCUUCUGCUUCAACAGAUGAUGAAGGCUUGUAUGCCUCCUCCAUCUGAUGCACCUGAACGUGUCAUCCAAGAUUUCGACGAUUUGAGGUUGGCUGAGGAGAUGGUGAGGUUUCAGUUGAGGCAUGGGAAUGAUCUGCUUGCCAUGGAUUCUAUAAGGGAAUGUGAUGUCAACUUGAAGGAACAAGGGAGACUAUUGAGGCAGAACGAAUUUAUUGUGUGGGAGGGAAGAAAUGGUAAAAAAUCCCUCCGCCAAGUAUUCUUAUUCGAAGAUCUUAUACUAUUCAGUAAGGCGAAGAGAUUUCCUGAUAAUAAGAACCUAGAUCUAUAUUAUUACAAAAAUAGCAUCAAAAUGACAGACAUAGGUUUGACUCCGAAAGUGAAUGACAGUUUAACGAAGUUUGAAAUUUGGUUCAGAAAACGAAAACCGAACGAUACUUUUACAUUGCAAGCGAUGACUCAGGAGGUGAAGAAAUCAUGGACUGAAGAAUUGUCUCAAUUGUUGUGGAAACAAGCCAUAAGAAAUAGAGCUGCGAGAAUGGCAGAAAUGUCAUCAAUGGGAAUUGGAAACAAACCUUGUCUUGAUAUCAAGCCCAGUGCUGACCAAAUAAGUCACCGUUCCAUCAGCAUUGCACAACUGAGUAGGAGUAAGGGUGCACCUAGAUUCAGGAAUUCUAUAGCGGGACCAAGUCCGGAGAGUUGUAGGACAAUGAAGAGACCAAACUCUGUUAUAUCAAUGUCUAGCGUUUCGUCGGGAAGUACCAGUUCAGGAGCUUCUGGUAGUGGACGUUUAUUGACCACCUCUAUAAGUUGUGAUUCUGCUUGCGACAGUCCGAAACCGUAUCACAGAUCUGCCACACUGAAUAGCCAAUGUUCUGUGGAGAGUGGCAUCAUUGCAGAUAUGUCGAUUGGUUCAGAUGAUGGGCGCGAUCAGCAACACAUUUCUUCAGUUCUCUAGAUAAAAAUCACGCAAAAUUCAGUUAUAAGUAUUUGACUGUUUUAAGUCAAAAAAUUUUAUAUGUGCCAGAUUAUUUACCAUUUUAAUUUGUAAGUUUUAUUUCAUAAUAGAGUAAGAUUUUAUAAUUCGCAAAAUUAUAUUAACGAAAUAUCUUGUAAAUGUUUUCUAGAAGUAGGAUAUAAUUUAUUCUCUAUUUUAUGAUAUUAAAGUUUUCAACUAACACCAAAUAUUGUAACAGCUUUUUAUAAAAUAGAAUUCAAUGUUCUGAAUAAUUAAGUUAUGAUACUGAAACCUAUUUUUCGAAUUUCAUAAGCAUUAUCGUCAAUAGAUAUCAGGGAGGCAAGCCAUUUGCUAAAUCAUUUACAAAAUAAUAAUGAAAUCGGAAACAGUUUUUAUUUCUUUUUGGAAGCAAUUCAACAUCAUGAGAAUAUAAAUUUAUAUAAGUCAUCAAUAAAGUAUAUUAAACAAAAA